AUGGCCGCCCACAACACUCUUCGCCGGUCUCUGCUGUACGUCCCCGGCUCUUCACAGCGUUUCCUGGACAAGUCCCGCUCUCUGGUGGCGGAUUGUCUCACCUAUGACCUGGAAGACAGCGUCACGCCGCACAUGAAGGCGGAGGCCCGGUCGCUGGUGCGGAAGGCGAUCGAUCAGCCUACGCCAGAGAAUAUUCGCGAGCGCGCGGUGCGAAUUAACUCGGUGGACAGCGGGCUGGCGCUGGGAGAUCUGACGGAGGUGCUACAAUCGGCCAACCUGACGACCAUUGUCAUCCCCAAGGUCAAUUCAGCCUCGGACCUCACCUUCGUCACCGACGUCAUCAACCACACCUUAUCCCAGCAGUCCUCAUCCAAGAAGAGACCGCCCAUCUCCCUCCUUGCCCUCGUUGAGUCCGCCAAGUCGCUCACAAAUCUCUCCGAGAUCUGCGCCGCCUCGCCGUUGUUUCAAGGAUUGAUCUUCGCAGCCGAAGACUUUGCGUUGGAUCUCAGUAUUACUCGCACCCCUUCCUUAACGGAAUUCCUGUUUGCCCGUUCGGCUAUCGCGACUGCUGCGCGCGCCGCGAACCUUCCAUCUACAAUCGAUCUGGUCUGUACGGCAUACAAGUCAGAAAAGGCGGAUGGAUCACCACCCGCGGCGCUCCAGGAGGAAUGCCGCGACGGACGGCGACUGGGAUUCAAUGGAAAGCAAUGUAUUCACCCCUCACAGGUGCAGACUGUCAAUGAGAUCUUUGGACCCGACCGUGAAGAGACUACCUGGGCGAUGCGCGUGGUCAUUGCCGACGAUAAGGCUGCUGCGGCUGGACGAGGCGCGUGGACGCUGGACGGGAAGAUGAUCGACGUACCCGUUGCUCACAAAGCUCGGGCCAUCGUGAAGAAAGCUGAGGCCUGUGGCAUGGACGUCACAGCCCUGCGGGAACAGUGGCAGCACCAGGAGCCGGAGUAA